AUGGGGAAGAUCACCUUCUACGAGGACCGGGGCUUCCAGGGCCGCCACUACGAGUGCAGCAGCGACCACGCCAACCUGCAGCCCUGCUUCGGCCGCUGCAACUCCAUCCGGGUGGACAGCGGCUGCUGGAUGCUCUACGAGCAGCCCGACUACUCGGGCUGCCAGUACUUCCUGCGGCGCGGCGACUACCCUGACUACCAGCAGUGGAUGGGCCUCAACGACUCCGUCCGCUCCUGCCGCCUCAUCCCCCACACCAGCUCCCACCGGCUGAGGAUGUACGAGCGAGAGGACUACCGAGGCCAGAUGGCGGAGCUCACGGAAGACUGCUCCUCGCUCCGCGACCGCUUCCACUUCAAUGAGAUCCGCUCCCUUCACGUGCUGGAGGGCUGGUGGGUCCUCUAUGAGAUGCCCAACUACCGCGGGCGGCAGUACCUAGUGAGGCCGGGGGACUACAGGCACUACCACGACUGGGGGGCCCUGGAUGCCAGAGUGGGCUCCCUGAGGAGGGCCGUGGAUUUCUACUGA